GAGAAAAGGUCAACCCAUUGAGUCUUGGGAGGCUCAUAAGGCAGCCAUUCAAGCUGUUAUAAAGUUAGUUUCAGGCGAGCUUGUUACAGGUUCAAGUGACACAACUCUAAAGCUUUGGAAAGGAAGGACAUGUGUGCAUACUUUUGUUGGGCAUACAGACACUGUUAGAAGCUUGGCUGUGAUGCCUGAUUUGGGAAUUCUCUCAGCAUCUCAUGAUGGUUCCAUCAGGUUAUGGGCACUUACUGGUCAAGUUUUAAUGGAGAUGGUUGGUCACACUUCUAUUGUCUAUUCUGUCGAUUCACAUGUUUCUGGGCUUGUUGUCAGUGGCAGUGAGGAUCGUUUUGUGAAGAUAUGGAAAGAUGGAGUUUGUGUCCAAAGUAUAGAGCAUCCUGGUUGUGUUUGGGAUGUCAAAUUCUUGGAGAAUGGUGAUAUUGUGACUGCAUGUUCUGAUGGUGUUGUGCGUAUUUGGACAAUACAUCAGGAUAAGAUUGCUAACUCGUCCGAGCUUGAAUCCUUUGCUUCUCAACUUUCUUAUUACAAGUGUAGCAGGAAGAGGGUUGGAGGAUUGAAAUUGGAAGAAUUACCAGGGCUAGAGGCUUUGCAGGUUCCAGGAACAAGAGAUGGCCAGACAAAGGUUGUAAGAGAAGGGGACAAUGGUGUAGCAUAUUCAUGGAAUAUGAAGGAGCAGCAGUGGGAUAAGAUUGGUGAAGUCGUUGAUGGACCUGAUGAUAGCAUGAAGCGUCCUGUUCUUGAUGGGGUCGAAUAUGAUUACGUAUUCGAUGUUGAUAUUGGAGAUGGCGAGCCUACUCGUAAAUUGCCCUAUAAUCGAUCAGAUAAUCCAUAUGAUACUGCUGAUAAGUGGCUUUUAAAGGAGAAUCUUCCUCUUUCCUAUCGUCAACAAAUUGUGGAGUUCAUACUCCAAAAUACAGGACAAAGAGAUUUCGCUCUUGAUUCAUCAUUUCGUGAUCCUUAUACUGGUUCUAGUGCAUACGUACCAGGAGGACCAUCCAACAUGCACGCUUACUCUAAUAUUGUUGACAUUUUGCUUAAAAUAACAGCUACCUCAGCAAAACCUACUUUCAAGCAUAUUCCCAAGAAAGGAAUGCUUGUCUUUGAUGUGGCUCAGUUUGAUGGGAUUCUCAAAAAGAUUUCAGAGUUCAACAAUGCUCUGCAGUCUGACCUGGACAAAAAAAGUUUGUCGCUGACUGAGCUUGAGGUUUCAAGAUUGGAUGCUAUUGUUAAAAUUCUGAAGGACACAUCACAUUAUCACAGCAGUAGAUUUUCAGACGUUGACAUCAUUUUGUUGCUGAAAUUGUUAAAAUCCUGGCCACUAGCAAUGAUGUUUCCAGUUAUUGAUAUCUUGAGGAUGAUCAUUCUGCACCCAGACGGGGCUACUAGACUACUCAAGCAUGUUGAUGAUAAAAAUGAUGUGCUAAUGGAGAUGGUUAAGAAUGUUACUACAAGUCCUGCACUUCCAGCAAAUCUUUUGACCAGCACUCGUGCUGUGACUAACCUCUUCAAGACUUCAUGCUACUAUCAGUGGUUGCUAAAGCAUCGUAGUGAGAUUCUUGAUGCAUUUUCAAGUUGUUGUUCAUCUUCAAAUAAGAAUGUGCAAGUGUCUUAUGCUACUUUGAUCCUCAAUUAUGCUGUGCUGUUGAUUGAAAAUAAGGACCAAGAAGGCCAAUCCCAAGUUCUGUCAGCAGCUCUUGAGAUUGCUGAAGAGGAAAACCUUGAAGUUGACCCAAAAUUCCGUGCUUUAGUUGCCAUUGGAUCGCUGAUGCUUGAGGGCCUGGUCCGAAAAAUAGCAGUGGACUUUGAUGUUGAGAACAUUGCCAAAACAGCAAAAGCUUUUAAAGACACCAAGAUUGCAGAAGUUGGAGCUGACAUUGAAUUGAUAAUAAAGCAGAGCUGACUUUGUUCAUCCCUGGAGAGAGAUCAGGUACCAAGCAGAAUUCAUCAGGACAUGGUGCCGUAGGGAGCUGAUAACCAAGCAAGGUGCAGUCUAGAUGUAUACAAGGAACACAACCACCUGAUUGUGGAAAUUCUGUGCUGUGAAAUCAACAUUCAGGUUUUUUUUUUUUCUUUCCUAUUUUUAGAAAAAAAAUUCAAAUAUUCUUGUGAUUUUAAGAAACAAUGAAUUUGUGGUUUAAAGUAGCAGGAAUUUUUGCUGACUACCUUGCUUGUGUUGAUAGAAAGCAAUUUGUAUACUGAUGGGAAUUCUCUGAAAUUGUUAUUUUUCCGAGUGAUAUGCACAAACUACACCAUAUUACAUUUAUAUGGGAAUAACACUUGUCAAUUUAGGACUGCC